UGGUACAUGCACAGAAACAACAAAUUUGGAAAAGCAAUGAAGCUCCUUAUGCAGCGUUUGUCUCUGGGUAUUUUUGUUCUGCUUCUCUCCUUCUUCUUUGUAGCGUUCAGGCCAAAGGAAACUGCCAUGCCAACCUAUGAGAUUUUUGGAGUGAAGAUUGAGAAGAACCCACCUCAAUCUAAACUCACUGAGCUUGGAGUCACAACUUGGUCCAAGUGGGAAGGAGGUCCAACCAAAAUUCCAUGGUCCUUUGCAGCAGAAGAAACUAUGUAUCUGCUAGAGGGAAAAGUGAAGGUUACUGUUGAAGGGUCUGAUGGUUCUUUUGAAAUUGGGGCUGGUGAUUUAGUUAUCUUUCCAAAAGGGAUGAACAUUACUUGGGAAGUGAUUGAAGCUGUGAAGAAGCACUACAGCUUGAAAAAAUAAUGUGCCUAUAACUAUUGUGGCCUAAUUAUGCCAUGUAUGAACUCUAUUUACUCACUUACUGUGGCUAUAUUUGCUAAUUGCUACCGGAUUGUACCUAAGACUUCACUUCCUUUAGAUUGUACCUUUAACAAUGAUCCUAUUGCAAGUAAUCGCUAAUC